AUGCAAAAUGGUAUUGACGGCGUAAUCUUCCAGUUUUACUCCACAGUUCGUAUCAGGUCAAAUUUCCAUGUAAAGAUCAUGCAUGGAGGUAAAAUGGAUGCCAGUCCACUUGUAGCAAUUGACUAACAUGUUUAGCCCACUACUCUCUCUACAUUCUCCUCUGUCGGGGAACUGAGUCAGUCUGCUUGGAGUGUGAGACUGUUGCGCAUGCGCAGUUGAGAUAAAAGAGACUCAUGACCAGACUAAUAGCGGGGAAAAACACAAAGCCAGGCGGUUCUUCCACAGAGAGAGAGAAAGAGAGAGAGAGAGAGAGAGAGAGAGUAGCGCGUCAGUGUGGCAGCGGAUAAUUUGUGGUACUCAAAUGGAUGGAAAGGGAGGUCCUUCGUCGCUCUUCCUGAAACGUUAGAGCUCUCUUUUUUCGAAGAGGAGCGAUUUUUCUCUGAAGAAUUAUCUUUUAGCUAAGUCUUUCAGCUAUGUUGCUUUGCUUAUGAACAUUACUACGAUGAAAAACGUCGGCGGAAAAACGGAGCGUCAGUUCUAGAGAGUGGAGGGGCUUGUCUUCGAGGGUGUGGAUGUAAUGUGUAUCUCUCGCGUGUCAACAGUGUGAUGUUUGUUUCUUGGUGUGUUUGCUGGUGAACAGGGGACGCCGCCCUGCCAUUAGCAUCAUGACAACUCAAACCAGGCUUCUGUGGCAUUUUCUUUUGCUGCUCAUAUUUGUUGUGCGAGAAUGCAGACCAGUGUGCGUGGACGCAAUCUCAGACACAGAGGCAGUGCUGGGGAGCCGCAUGAAGCUCACCUGCAUCUCGUGUAUGAAGAGAGAGGAAAUCAGUGCUCAGACUAAGGUGUACUGGUAUUACAAACCUGACCGGGAUGCCGUCCGCCAGGAGAUCUACCUAUAUGAUGGCGAGCCGCAGGACCGGGAGGGGCCGUGGAAGGGCCGUCUGUUGUGGAAUGGCAGCAAAGACCUGCAGGACGUCUCCAUCAGCAUUACCAACGUCACACUGAAUGACAGCGGCCUGUACGAGUGUGUGGUGCACCGCCAAUUUUCCUUCAACUCAUACACCCCUUCCAUUGAGAAGACCAUUGAGAUUGAACUGGUGGUGCGAGAGGAAGCAAGUGAAGAUCCCACAGCACUGUACUCAGAGAUCAUGAUGUACGUUUUGCUGGUGUUUCUCACCUUCUGGCUGCUGGUUGAGAUGAUCUACUGCUACAGAAAGAUCUCCAAAUCAGACGAGCAAGUGCAGGACAGUGCGACAGACUACCUAGCCAUACCCUCUGAAAAUAAAGAGAAUCCGCCGGGUCCUGCGGUAACGGAAUAAAAGUGGUUGUCUCACACACAAUACGGUUCUGAUGAUUUCUUCUGGCAUAAAAAGAGGCUGAUCUUUGCAGGGACAUUGCCAGCGUGCGAGUAGCACUGACAUAACACGAAACCUGACAAAACAAAUCCCUGUCGUCUUGCUCACAUAAUGAGAAGCAAAUUCUCCACUGCUUAAUUAUCAUCCCUGUCUUUCUCUCAGUGAAGGUGACAAUUACACUAGAGAGUAACACUAGAGAAAAACGAGGUCAUGUUGGUGUUUUCACUACUUUUUGCCUUAGAGGAGAUUCAACAUUCUUAACAGUAAUCAGAAAUAAAAAGCUAGCACACUGCCUAUUUACAAAAAAUCAUAUUUGCUUGCUGUUCAACAUACUCAGAAAGCCUUUCAUGUUAUUUGAUAGAGUCUUGUUCUUACCAUUUUGAUAGAACAAAAUCGAUUUUUUGAAAAUGUACUCCAACAUCUUUUAAUCCAUUCUUUAAAAAAAAAGGAUUGCAUUACAUCCUAGCUUUCAGGGUUGCUUUAGACCAGGCUAUUUUUUCUGUGUCAGGUUCAAAACUGAGUCUUUAAGAGUGUAUGAGAUAAUCACUGUAGUCAGCUCAGCUCAUAUGAUAGCUUACACAUAACAUUAUGCUUUUGUGUGCGAAUGAACCUACUUGUGUUUACACCCGACAUGUGGAUCAUGCCUUUUAAAGAAUCAUCUUUCUGGUCAUGAGAUUUUGAAGUUGAGAUUGUGAAGUAUGUGACAAACUGCAUAAGUCCCUUUAGAGCCUUUAUAUCAACAGUGGUAAUGUUUACUGUAACCAUGUUGAAGUCACUUUUAGUGAUUAUUGCUCAGUAACACACUGUAGUGACUCCGGAAACCUUUACUCUGUAAUCACUACUAAUCUUACAGUUACUGUGGACAAGUUGUGUGUUGUAUUGUGUUUCUCUCUAGAUUAUGAGCAAGUUUUUUUUUUUUUUUUUUUUUUUUUCUCGAAUGUUUACAAGAGGACUCACGAACUAUCCGCAUAAACUAUUAACAAACUCUCUAUAAGUGAAUACCAAUCAGUGUGGCUGUGCGAGCAUGACAUAAUUAGCUAGUGAAUGCAACAUUGGUUCCUAUAAACUACUUUUACAAUUAGGGCAAUGUGAAAAUGACUGUGUAUCUGCACUUUAUCCCCUCUGGAACUGUUGAUAAUGCCUUUUACUGUCUUUUAUAUUAAUACGCUGUCAGUACAAGAGGACAAAUGACAUGUUUUCUUGCCCUGUCCAGGAAGAGCUGUAUUUCUCUUGUGAAAGCUUGCCAUCUAUUAUUAAAGCGAAGCUCUGUAUUAUGAAA